AUGUCUGUUGCCGUGUUCUCCUUCGAGUCCCGAGUUUGUCGGCCACUGACGGGUCGGAUCUUUGUGGAUCCAGUAUCCUGCCUUAUAAGAAGAGUUAAUACCCGGAACUUGUCCUGCCUCGAGCCACCGCCAGCCACUCGCUCCUCACACACCACAGAUAGUUCGCUGGCAGCCGGCAAGAUUUCCUCGCCGUGGACUCCCGCCAGCUCCGGGCCGCCGGCCGAUACCAAUGGCUCCGGCUCGGAUUCCAAAAACCUCGACGUCGGGGACGAGGAUGACAAGGACCUGGCAGCCGCGGAUGCGGAGGGCGUAUGGAGUCCUGACAUCGAACAGAGCUUCCAGGAGGCCCUGGCAAUCUAUCCACCCUGUGGCCGUCGGAAGAUUAUCUUAUCGGACGAAGGCAAGAUGUACGGUCGCAAUGAGCUGAUUGCUAGAUACAUCAAGCUGCGUACAGGAAAAACGAGAACCCGGAAACAAGUGAGCUCGCAUAUUCAGGUGCUUGCCAGGAGGAAGCUCCGAGAGAUACAGGCCAAACUCAAAGUGUCUCCCACUCAGGACCAUGCAGCGAAAGAGAAGGCUCUCCAAACUAUGUCCAGCAUGUCGAGUGCACAGAUUGUGUCGGCCACAGCAAUCCACAACAAAGCUGCAGCUGCAGGGUUGGCCAGCCUGGGCUUAGCAUCGCCCGUCUCUUAUCCUGGUGCUCAGUUCUGGCAGCCAGGGUUGCAGCCAGGAACAUCGCAAGAUGUGAAGCCGUUUGCGCAGCCUGGCUAUGCAGGCAAACCAGCUACAGCUGUGUCAUCCAGUGACAUGAGUCUGCAGGCACCGCCCCCUCCGCCGUGGGAAGGGCGGGCUAUUGCCACGCACAAGCUGCGCCUUGUCGAAUUCUCCGCUUUCAUGGAACAGCAGCGAGAUGCGGACACUUAUCAUAAGCAUCUCUUUGUACACAUAGGAGGAUCAGUCACGUACGCAGAUCCACUGUUAGAGGCUGUAGAUGUGAGACAGAUCUAUGACAAAUUCCCUGAGAAAAAGGGAGGUCUCAAAGAACUCUAUGAUAAGGGGCCACAGAAUGCAUUCUUUCUUGUCAAGUUCUGGGCUGACCUUAAUACUAACAUCCAGGAUGAGGCAGGGGCAUUCUAUGGGGUUACCAGUCAGUAUGAGAGCAACGAGAACAUGACCAUCACGUGCUCCACCAAAGUGUGCUCGUUUGGCAAACAAGUGGUUGAAAAGGUUGAAACAGAAUAUGCAAGGUUUGAGAAUGGCCGCUUCGUGUAUCGCAUCCAUCGUUCGCCCAUGUGCGAGUACAUGAUCAACUUCAUUCAUAAACUGAAACACCUUCCAGAAAAGUACAUGAUGAACAGCGUGCUUGAGAACUUCACCAUUCUGCAGGUGGUGACAAAUCGGGAGACGCAGGAGACGUUGCUUUGCACAGCGUAUGUGUUUGAAGUGUCAACAUCAGAACACGGUGCUCAGCACCACAUCUAUCGGCUGGUAAAGGACUAGCCGGUCUGCCCCGUUCCAGCCCCCCAACUCUUUCCAACAGUGC